AUGUCUGCUGUGGAGCUCUGUGUCCAGAGUGUGAUGAAGACCUCUGUGUCUCAGACUCUGUGUCCAGAGUGUGAUGAAGACCUCUGUAGUGUGAUGAAGACCUCUGUGUCUCAGACUCUGUGUCCAGAGUGUGAUGAAGACCUCUGUCUCAGACUCUGUGUCCAGAGUGUGAUGAAGACCUCUCUGUCUCAGACUCUGUGUCCAGAGUACUCUGUGCGGCUGGUUGGAGGCUCUGGUCUCUGCUCUGGAUCACUGCAGAUCUGGGACCGGUCCUGGAUCUCGGUCUGUGAAGGGGCCUUGGACCUGCGGGGAGCAGAGGUGCUGUGCAGGGAGCUGGGCUGCAAUGCUCCUUCUGUCCUCCAGGGGGAGCUCUCUCCUCUGGGGCAGACGUUCCACUGUGAAGGCCAUGAGUCUGCUCUGAUGGACUGUCCCCGCUCCAGACCCAAGACCUGUCCCUCUGGACCCAGUGAGGACGUCAUCUGCUCAGAGCCGCUCAGGCUGGAGGGAGGAGCCAGCCGCUGUGCUGGGAUCCUGGAGCUCAGACAUAGAGGAGAGUGGAGACGAUUGUGGCCUUAUGGAUUGUGGACCCUGGAGCAGACAGCAGCUGUGUGCAGAGACCUGGACUGUGGGUCUGCUGUUUAUGGCACAGAGGUGGAUGAUUUACCACAGAGUCCUCUGUGGAGGGUCCCAGUGUCCUGUGUGAGGAGGUCUCCAGUGAGAGACUGUGCUGUGCCCCAUCCCUCCUCCUCCUCGUCGUCCUCUGGUCUGAAGGUGAAGUGUUCAGGGCCUCAGACUCUGUGUCCAGAGUGUGAUGAAGACCUCUCUGUCUCAGACUCUCAGACUCUGUGUCCAGAGUGUGAUGAAGACCUCUCUGUCUCAGACUCUGUGUCCAGAGUGUGA